CAACGGGUCUUUCAGUCUUUGGAUUGAACGUGCACACUGUCAAGUCUAGGUCGAUCCUCGAUCAGCUGACUUCUGAUAGUUGUCGAAAUGGCAGCCGCCGCUAUUCGAUAUUCCCAAGCUUCAAAGUUAUGUGUACCAAUAUGCGGCUCUAUUCAGCAAUGCUACAUGAGCUCAGAUGGUUCAAAGCGAGUAAGCCUAGCUAAAAUGAAAAGGGGUACAGGUGGUAGGUCGAGUUUCAAUGGGCUCGUUUGCACCGUAUUUGGUUCAUCUGGAUUCAUGGGUCGAUACGUUUGCAACAAGUUAGGCAAAAUAGGAUCCCAACUAAUUUUGCCGUACAGGGGUGACGCUUAUGACAUGCGAAUGUUAAAAUUAGUUGGCGAUUUGGGACAAGUGUUAUUUCAGCCUUACUACCUACGAGAUGAAGAAUCAAUAUACAAAUGCGUCCAAUAUUCUAACGUUGUGAUAAACCUUGUUGGUAGAGAUUGGGAAACGAAAAAUUUUUCAUUCCAUGACGUCCAUGUGAAAGGAGCUCGUUCAAUAGCUAAAAUGGCCAAGAAAGCAGGUGUUGAAACAUUUGUUCAUGUUUCGGCGUUGAAUGCAACUGAGUAUCCUGAACCUUACAUGCUUAAAGGAGGUUCCAAAUUUUUGGCUAGUAAAUGGGAAGGUGAAAACGCCGUUAGGGAAGAGUUCCCAGAAGCAAUUAUUUUCAGACCGUCAGAUAUUUACGGCCAGGAAGAUAGAUUUUUGAGAUAUUAUUGUAGUAAUAUGAGACAUCAACUGAAAUUUAUGCCUUUAUACAAGAAAGGUGAAUAUACUGAAAAACAACCUGUGUUUGUUGAGGAUGUGGCUGCAGGUAUUGUUAAUGCUUGCAAAGACAGGAUGGCGAGAGGGAAUGUUUACCAGGCUGUGGGCCCCAAUCGUUAUCUUCUUUCGGAAUUAGUCGAUUGGUUCCAUCGUGUGACUCGGAAAGCCGGCAGUUGGGAUUAUUUUAGGUACGAUAUGAGAUUUGACCCGUUAUUCCAGAUGCGUGUUUCCUUGAUGCCAUACUUCUCUCUUGGAUUCCCUUUGGGCAAUAUUCAUUGGGAAAGAGUUGAAAGGGAGUGUCACUCAGAUCAAGUUGACAAAAACGUAAAAACCUUGGAAGAUCUUGGUGUUUCCCUUACCUACAUGGAAAACCAGGUUCCUUGGGAACUCAGAGUGUACAGGGCUCAAGCGUAUUACGAAGAAGAGUUAGGUGAAUUCGAUACACCUUCACCUCCACCAACAGUUGCUGUUUGAGUGAAAGCAGUUUCUGUGAUGUAGUUAAUUAAAAUCUGACAAUUGUACAAAUAUAUUUUAAAGCCACGCUCUAUUAUUUAUCCGAUUUAUUUGAAUGAAUGUGAAAAUAAAUAUCUUAACGGAUAAUAAAAAGCA